AUGGCGCUGUCUGUCGCAGGCAAAACAGCUGUCGUCACUGGAGCUGGGUCCGGCAUCUGUUAUUCCUUCGCCAAAUUGCUCCUUCAGCAGAAGUGUAAUGUCGUCCUGUCCGAUCUUGCGCUGAGACCGGAGGCGGAGAGCCUUGUCAAAGAUUUCUCCUCGGAAUCAACCAGAGCUGUCUUUCAGCAGACUGAUGUCACAAAGUGGGAUCAGCUUGAUCGUGCUUUUGAAGUGGCGAAGCGAGAGUUUGGCGGGUUUGAUAUUGUCUGUCCUGGAGCUGGCGUUUACGAACCGGUGAGCAGUCCUAUUCUCAACCACCAUUAUAUCAACCUGGUACACCCCAUCUACGCCACACAACAAGCCAUCGCCCACUUCCUCCAGGCCUCCAAGCCAGGCGCAGUCGUCCAUGUCUCUUCCAUCGCUGCUCAGAGACCGAUAAUCACCGCACCAUUGUACGUGGCGGCCAAGAGCGGCAUCUCCAACUUGAUCCGCUCUCUGGCCAAUCUGGAGAACCCCGACCGACCCGGGCUGCCCAGCAUUCGAGUCAGCGGAGUCGCACCUGGUGUCAUCCGAACACCUCUGUGGACUGAGCAUCCCGACAAGCUGCGCUGGAUCGACCAGGCCAAAGAUGAGUGGGUGGAGCCAGAGGAGGUAGCGCAGGCGAUGCUGGAUCUGAUUCAGGAGGAGGACUAUGCAGGCGGCACAGUCUUGGAAGUUGGUAAAGAUCAUGUGCGGCGGGUGCAAGUGCUCAACGACCCAGGCCCUCAGGGCCCAGGACACAGUGUAAGCGACGCAGGGAAAGGGGAAAAGGAGGUCUGGGACAGUCUUGCAUCUCGCACAACUUAA